AUGAUUACGAGAGAGACAAUGAGACAAAGCCAAGAAGGGAGAACACAACGAAAAUUCACUUUGAGUACAGGGAAGUCUACUGGUAGGAAUUCCUCAGGGCGAAUUACGCUUUUUCACCGAGGGGGUGGAUCGAAGCGAUUGCAGCGAAGAAUUGAUCUGAAACGAAGCACUUCGUCUAUUGGCAUUGUAGAAAGGAUAGAAUAUGACCCUAAUCGUUCUUCUUGGAUCGCUCUAGUACGAUGGAUCAAGGGGGUGCAGCUACGCCACCAGAGGAAAUGCAAGACGAUAGAGGAGUUCGCUCCUUAG